AUGUCAUCUUCUAACAGCAACAAGAAAACGCCGGAUGAAGAGACGAUAGCGGCUAAAGUAGAGGAGGAGAAGAAAGCUGACGAUAAACCUAUUGGAGAGAAUCCCGAGGAAGAGGGGGGAGAUAACAACAACAAGCCGCUGGAUGACGAGGAUAUCGAUAUUUUGAAGAGUUACGGUCUCGGGCCCUACACCGUCCCGUGCAAAAAGGUUGAGGGAGACAUCAAGGCUCUCGGCGAGAAGAUUAAUAAACUAUGCGGGAUCAAGGAGUCUGACACUGGCUUGGCCCCACCAAGUGUAUGGGAUCUAGCUGAUGACAAAGUGAAGCAAGAGCAACAACAGCCACUGCAAGUCUCACAGUGUACCAAAAUCCUUAAUCCUGGUACGGAUGAUGCGAAGUAUGUUAUCAACGUGCGACAGAUCGCAAAAUUUGUUGUUGGUCUCGCACAGCAUGUGUCUCCUACUGAUAUUGAGGAAGGUAUGAGAGUCGGAGUGGAUCGGCAAAAAUACCAAAUUCAAAUACCCUUGCCGCCUAAGAUCGAUCCAACUGUGACCAUGAUGACCGUUGAGGAGAAGCCAGACGUCACAUACUCUGAUAUUGGUGGCUGCAAAGAGCAGUUGGAAAAGUUACGAGAAGUCGUAGAGAUGCCUCUGCUGCAACCUGAGCGAUUCGUCCAGCUUGGUAUUGACCCUCCCAAGGGCGUCUUAUUAUAUGGACCCCCGGGUACUGGCAAGACACUGACGGCUAGGGCUGUUGCUAAUCGAACCGAUGCGUGCUUUAUUUGUGUCAUUGGUAGUGAGUUGGUUCAGAAGUACGUGGGAGAGGGAGCCAGGAUGGUCCGUGAGCUGUUUACUCUGGCUCGAAGCAAGAAGGCGUGCAUACUGUUCAUUGAUGAGGUGGACGCUAUUGGGGGUUCGCGUGGUAGCGGCGGUAGUGGGUCUGAGGAUGAUGAAGUGCAGAGGACCAUGCUCGAGAUCGUCAAUCAGCUUGAUGGCUUCGACGCUCGAGGCAACGUGAAGGUUCUGAUGGCCACGAACAGGCCUGACACGUUGGAUCCAGCUCUCCUCCGCCCUGGACGACUUGAUCGUAAAAUUGAGUUUGCCUUGCCGGAUUUGGACGGUCGCACGCACAUCUUCAAGAUCCAGGCCAGGAGUAUGAACAUGGACCGAGACAUCCGUUUUGAGCUCCUCGCCAGACUGUGUCCGAACUGCACUGGAGCUGAUAUCAGGAGUGUGUGCACAGAGGCGGGGAUGUUUGCCAUUCGAGCUAGACGGAAGUCUAUUUCUGAGAAGGAUCUCAUUGAGGCUAUCAAUAAGGUUGUGAAGGGCUACGCUAAAUUCUCGGCAACACCAAAUAUGUCAACUAUGAGUGGCUUGGCGACGGGAUUGGCUUCUGACGGCUCCCUCUUGGCGGAGACGUUGGAGAUGCCCGAGUAUGGCAAAUUCACGAGGAGGGGGGAAACGGGUCGGCUCAUUGAGACUAAGGCUAAGAAUCUCCCCAAGAUAUUUAUGCCUUAUAUAAUUCGACUAGGGGUCCAUCUGGGCCCGGCUAGGGUGAAGAGGCCUCUCACUGAGGAGGAGGUGUUGGGCAUCGUAACGGCCCCAAAGGGCCCGUCUACAGGUUUUGGGAUACUCCCGGAUGAACUAAUUGAUGUCAUAAUUGACCGCACAGGGCGGUACUCGUCGGAGGGCUCGGCGGCGAUGGGCAAGGCCCCUGACCAGCACAUACUAGUGACGUUGAGGGGGCCUCCAUCGAAGGCCGCUGUGAAGGUUGGGGAGGUCGUGGCUUUGGCUGAUAAUACGGCUACUGUCAAUGUAUUGUAUAUAGAGGAUAGUGUGAAGGACCAGGAUGAGAGUCGACGGAGAUCCUUGCAGAGGAUGAUCAUGGACCCUACAGUGGACGGCAUAAUAAUAUCACUACCUCAGAUAUGGAUAAUACCAGAUCCCCAAUUCACACCCAAGUCGAGUUCGUUACCUCUAUACCCUGGCAGUUACUGGCUCACCUUCCUAGGCCUAUUCGGCAGCGUGCAGUCCUCUACCCUGCUUUUUACAGAGCCUCAGUCGGAGGCUCUGGGAUUAACAGGAAUCUGUGUUAAGUUUAGAGAGCACAAGGCGAUCAGGCAAGCCCUGCUGGUCCUUCAUAAUCGGUAUCUAUUGCAUCCGAAGAAGGCUGAUGAUGGUAUGAAAUUGAGCUGGAUUAGACCUGUGAACUAUGGUAAAAUCCUGAGGGAGUCGUCAGCAGCAGCAGCGCACAGUGAGGGCAGUGCAGUGGAUGGCAAGGCGACUCCGGAGGAAGAUCCUCUGCCCAUGCCGAUGCCACCACCGUUACCUCUACCUCCUACUGGGGCAUCGAUCGUAUCGCAGUAUGAGGCCAGUGCCGAGGAUGGAGUUCUUCGGACGGCAAUACAGUUGUCCUGUCCAGAGGGGGGCACUGAGGUCCCUAGUUCGGUGGCGGAGGCAUUCAAACAGUUACUGGAUCGUCUAGCUGCCUUGGAAAAGGAGAAUGAUCAUAUGGCUCAGCUUCUGAGCGCUAGAGGAACUUCCUCGGGGGUGACUGGGGUCGCGGAUAAGGAGGCUGACAGCGAGGAUGAGGAGGAAGCGGCAUUGGAGCGGCUUGGUCUCACGAGCUCACCAUCGGCUACGGCAUCCCAAGGGGUGAAGCGGAAUAGCGACGCGGUAGUAGACUUGGAGGAAUCUAGUGCCAAGAGGCCACCAUGGCGUGUCGGUGGUGCGUUGGGAGGGGGAUCUCCUAGCAGUCAGAGAGGCAACAGUACAGACGUAUAA